AGAUCGGGGAGUGUCGAAACAAAAGCCUCGAUUGUCCUCGUUCUCUUCUCCUUGUGGUCUCUCUCUCUCUCUCUCUCUAUUUCUCUCCGACGACAGGUUCCUGAAGCUCGGCCAGCCAAGGGCAUUGAUCUAGCUGUGAACCGGUUUUCGAUUGUUGAUGAAGAGAUGGCAGGAAAAUACGGAUCAAUCCGGCAGAGUUUUCUGGACCAGAACAGGGAAAAACUCUUAUCUCGUAAGGGCUAUUCUGAUUUCGGCCUGAGUACCUACGACGGCACCAGCGACAAUGUCAAAUGUCGUUGUUUCCGUACAGUUUCCGAUGCGGUCACCAACUUAUGGAAAGGCUUUCAUGAUACUACCAUCAAGUUGUACGAAAUGGGCUGCUCAGAUCCCCGAAAGUUCUUCUUCGCCGCGAAGAUGGGGCUGUCGCUUGCGCUCGCUUCUCUCGUCAUUUUCUUUCGACAGCCUUUGAAAGAAGUAGGCCAGUAUUCAAUCUGGGCUAUUCUCACUGUCGUCGUCGUUUUCGAGUUCAGCGUUGGGGCAACGUUGAGUAAAGGGUUUAAUCGUGCAUUGGGAACAUUCUCAGCCGGUGGACUUGCUCUUGGUAUUGCAGAGUUAUCUGUAUCAGCUGGGCCGUUUAAAGAAGUUAUAAUCGUAAUCAGUAUAUUCCUUGCAGGAUUUUUCGCAAGCUAUUGCAAAUUGUAUCCGCCGAUGAAGAUGUAUGAAUAUGGGUUCCGGGUAUUUCUGUUGACAUUUUGCAUCGUGUUGGUAUCUGGAAGUACAUCGUCAUUUUUCGAAACGGCCUUUUAUCGAUUACUACUUAUUGGCGUCGGUGCUUGCAUGUGCUUACUAGUGAAUAUAUGUAUAUUACCGAUUUGGGCAGGGGAGGAUCUACACAAAUUGGUUGUGAAAAAUUUCAAGAACGUUGCUUCUUCUGUGGAAGGCAAGAUCAAUUCUAUUAUUCAUUUUAUAAAGAAGUUUUUUUGCACUUUCUCAUGCUUUUUAAUCUGUGAUAAUAUGUUCAUAUCAUUACUUCCUUCAAAGUAUUGUUCAGGUGUUGUUAAUGAAUACCUCCAGUGUGUGGAAUAUGAGAGAGUAUCCUCAAAAAUUCUUACAUAUCAGGCUUCUGAUGACCCUGUAUAUAAUGCUUAUAGAUCGGCUGUGCAGUCCUCGAGUCAGGAGGACACCUUGUUGGACUUUGCCUCCUGGGAGCCACCGCAUGGCCCUUACAAGACAUUCAAUUAUCCAUGGUAUAACUAUGUCAAAGUGAGUGGUGCUCUUAGGCAUUGCGCGUUUAUGGUUAUGGCAAUGCAUGGCUGUAUUCUUUCAGAAAUCCAGGCUCCACCAGAGAAGAGAAAGGUUUUUGCAAAGGAGCUUCAGAGGGUUGGCACCGAGGGAGCUAAGUUCUUACGUGCGCUUGGAAGUAAAGUAGAAAAGAUGGAAAAAUUGAGCUCAAAUGACAUGCUUUUCGAUGUUCAUGAUGCUGCAGAAACUUUACAAAUGAAGAUUGAUGAGAAAUCAGAGAUGCUGGUCAAUUCAGCUAGUUGGAGAACUGGAAAACAGCACAGGGAACAUGAAGAUCUUCAACAUUUUAUUGAUGGCAAAGAUGAUCAUAACAAACAGUUGGUAAUUGAAUCCUUGAACGAGACGUUGGAUGCUCAACACUCAAGCAUCGGCAUCCAUCCUCCCAUGACAGAAUGGGUAUCCACAGAUAGUGUCUUUAACAAAAACCUGGUUUCAUGGCCACGCCUAUCGUUUUUGAUGGACACGGUGCCUAAUGAACGAGAGUCGAAAGUAUAUGAAAGUGCAAGCUCCUUAUCUUUGGCAACAUUUGCUUCACUUCUCAUUGAAUUUGUUGCAAGGCUGCAAAAUCUCCUGAAUGCAUUUGAAGAGCUCAGUGAGAAGGCAAAUUUUAAGGCACCAGAGGACUUUAAAGUUAAAAAGGAGGAUGGUGGUUGUUGGACUCGAUUCUUAAGAUUCGUUGGCAUAAAAAAUUGAGGCUUGAUAGGAUGCCAUGCCACAGUUGACUCCACUGGGUUGUCUGAUAUCAUUCAAAAAGAUUGAGAUCUCAGUUUGGCUAACUUAUGCCCUCUUGUAUUUUUCUCGCGGGUACCUUAAAUGGACCCGUCCUGUGUAUAAGGUCGAUACGGGUCAUCGAAAAGGUCAUACAUGUGCUUUAGAUGGACACUAGAAUUUGUUCAUCAAAGCUCUUGGGGCCAUAUGUGAGAGGGAGUGUACAUAAUGGUAUAAUUUUGUAAGGAUUAGGUUAUGUAUGGCUGUGGUAUGAUGUUACAUUUAUUUUGCUUCUAGAUGGAUGUUUUGAGAGAGAUUGUUUAGUACAUUUAUGAUGCAACAGCAUCACUCCAUGUUCUUAUAUACUUCAGCAAGCUGAAGCCCGUUAUAUUUGAUUGUAUAUUGUUCAUCU